GAAAUAUUUAUGAUUAAGUGCGCCCGCAACAUUAGAAUUGUGUCGAUUUAAACGAAGUUAUGUACUUCGUGUGAUGGCGGCCCUUUCAUUUGAGAUUCAGGAGCUUGGCUGAUAUGGCUGAUAUGGCUGAUGUCAGCAUAGAUCUUAGAAUGUUAUGAUCGCCGCAUGAAGUAAAUUGGAAGAAUCAUAUUGUACUUGAUGUAUACCUACAUGACUACCUCAUCUUGUGCUUCUAAACUCUUUAAAAGAUCAACGUCGAAGCCGAUCCACGGACUUCAGCGAUGUUUUCAACAAGACUUGCCUACCCUUCUCUUUAUACACCAUCUGAAGGCAGGCCUUAUCUGCGGUUUAAACAUUAACUUAUCAAAAUGUUGUUCAAAUCAGUCUCAUCAACCAUCCUAGCUCUAGCUAGUAUUGAGAUUGCCAACGGUAUACCACUUGAGUCGCCCAGCGAGUCUACGCGACUUAACAAGCGAUGGAUUUCAGGCGCCGAUAAAAUUCGCGGUGUUAACCUCGGAUCGCAGUUCAUUAUCGAGCCCUGGAUGGCCCAUGACCAGUGGUCUAGCAUGGGCUGUGGAAAUGCCAACGACGAAUGGAAAUGUGUAGAAGCACUAGGACAAGACGCUGCUGAUGCAGCUUUCAAGAAGCACUGGGAUACAUGGACUACCCAGGACGACAUCACGCAGAUCAAGAGCCUGGGUUUAAAUACCGUGCGCAUCCCGGUUGGGUUUUGGAUCCGCGAAGAUCUUGUUAACGAAGGGGAACAUUUCCCACGUGGUGGUCUCGAAUAUCUCGAUCGGCUCGUUGGCUGGUGCGCCGACGCUGGGAUCUACGUGAUCAUGGAUCUACAUGGAGGACCCGGAGCCCAAUUCCCCAAUCAGCAGUACACUGGCCACGGUGUAGACUACCCCGGAUUUUAUAACCAGGACAAUUACGAGCGCGCAUUCAAGUUCCUUGAAUGGAUAACGGAAAGAAUCCACACCAACGACAGUUACCGCACCGUCGGUACCUUAGAGGUCAUGAACGAGCCAGUCCACGCUGGAGACUACGGCUCCGAGGCUGCAGACAUGAUUGCGAAUUACUACCCUAACGCAUGGGAUCGCAUCCGCAGCCGCGAGGAUCAGUUAAAAGUAGGGGCAGAUGACCGCCUACACAUCCAGAUGAUGGAUAAAUCAUGGGGCUCAGGUGACCCUACCAGCAAUAUUCCCGACACCACCUUCGCGCUUUUCGACGACCACAAGUAUUACAAGUGGGACGGCUCAGUGGAGACGACGAAAGAUGGUUACAUCUCCGCCGCGUGCAACGACAAUCGCGGCGGAAGCGACGUUAUCGUGGGCGAAUGGUCCAUUUCCGUCGCCGACUCAGUCCAGUCCAACGACGAGUUCCAGAUCGACAACAGGCCCGAUCAAGUGGAGUGGUACAAGCAGUUCUGGGCCGCACAGGCGCAGACGUUCGAGAAGUCUGGCGGCUGGGUGUUCUGGACGUGGAAGUGCAACUGGAUCGGUGGCAUGGACGAGUGGCGGUGGUGCUAUCAGUCUGCUGUUGCUGCCGGCGCUAUCCCGAAGGAUGCUGCGAGUGCUGCCAGUAUCAGCCCUUGCUAAGUCGACCUGAACUUGAUGGUGGUUAUGUAGUAUUAAACAUAGAUUCUAGUGUCUAUUUCUUUGUGUUCAGUUAACACUUGUAUUAUUCAUAAUAUCUGUUACCUCUACCUUUAUCCUUUAUUCCGUCUUUGUAGUAUCUUGCCUAGUAUAUGUAUAAGUGGGCUAUUGAAACAA